AUGGCAUCAUUUCUGAAGCGUUCGAAAGAUGUUAAUUCGAUUAGGAAUAAAGCAAAAUACGAUUUUGGCGAUUAUCAUUCCUAUGAUAUCAUCUCAGCAUGGCUUACUGAUAUCGAACAUUUCUAUCCAAAUAUGGCAAAAGUAUUUAUUAUUGGACAAACAUUUGAAGGACGAAAGAUUAAUGGAAUCAAAAUUGGAAAUCCAAUUGAUAGAACAGAUAAGCGAAUAAUUUGGAUUGAUGGUGGAAUUCAUGCUCGAGAAUGGGCUUCUAUUCACACUGCAUUAUAUUUUAUUGAUCAGGAUCGUUGGCAUCGUCAACGUUGCUGUAGUGGUGUUGAUUUAAAUCGAAAUUUCGAUUUUUAUUGGGGAGAAAGUGGGUCGAGUUCACAUAUCUGUUCCGAAAUCUAUCAUGGGAGCAAGCCAUUUAGCGAACCUGAAACAAGAGCAAUACGCGACAAACUGUUAUCAGUGGAGAUGUUUGGUAAAGUUGAUGCCUUUAUCACAUUGCACACAUACAGCCAAAUGUGGAUUCAUCCAUACAGUCAUCAACGUCAUGUAUUUCCCAAUGAUAUUAACGAUCUUGAAGAAGUUGGAAGAAGAGCGGUGAAAGCACUCGAAAAUGUUUACGGAACAAAAUUUCGAUUUGGUACAGGCGCUGACAUAUUAUAUCCUUCAUCAGGUGGCUCGGAUGAUUGGGCUAAAUCAAAAGCUGGAGUGAAAUUUGUAUAUCUACUUGAGCUAAGGCCAGGUGAAAACG